CAGUGAAGCAGCCCGAGAUGGCGGUGCAGGCCGCACACCUGGAGGCGGACGCCUUCUUGGUGUGCCUGAACCACGCGCUGAGUACCGAGAAGGAAGAAGUGAUGGGGCUUUGCAUUGGAGAGGUUGACACCAGCCAAAUUGUUCACAUCCACUCUGUGAUCAUCCUACGUCGGUCUGACAAAAGGAAAGAUCGUGUGGAGAUUUCUCCUGAGCAGCUUUCAGCUGCUUCAACAGAAGCUGAGAGAUUGGCUGAGUUAACAGGCCGUCCUAUGAGAGUUGUGGGCUGGUAUCAUUCUCACCCUCAUAUAACAGUCUGGCCAUCGCAUGUAGAUGUUCGCACUCAAGCUAUGUAUCAGAUGAUGGACCAAGGCUUUGUGGGGCUUAUUUUCUCCUGUUUCAUUGAGGAUAAAAACACAAAGACAGGCCGGAUCCUGUACACCUGUUUCCAGUCCAUUCAGGCACAAAAAAGCUCAGAGUACGAGAGGAUUGAAAUUCCUAUUCAUGUGGUCCCUCAUAAUACCAUUGGGAAAGUGUGCCUGGAGUCAGCUGUGGAGCUGCCCAAGAUCUUGUGUCAAGAGGAGCAAGACGCCUACCGAAAAAUCCAUAGCCUGACUCAUCUAGAUUCGAUAACCAAGAUCCACAAUGGCUCAGUGUUCACGAAAAACCUCUGCAGCCAGAUGUCUGCCAUCAGUGGCCCCCUGCUGCAGUGGCUGGAGGACCGCCUGGAGCAGAACAAGCAGCGGAUACAGGAGCUGCAGCGGGAAAAAGAAGAGCUGCUGGAGGAACUUUCUACCCUGUAGCCACGAGAACAAAAAGCCCUCGUGGAUUAGGAAGCAAAGCGAGAUGACUGGUCCCUAAGCCUGGCUGGGUCCCGCCUUGCUGCUUUCCUCCUCCUCUCCAUCUUGUAGCCAACAGUGCCACAAAACGGGAAGGACCUUGGGCACAAACACCAUCAUGUCAAAGGAAGGACUGGCCUCCUAACGCAGAAGAGCAGCCUUUGCCGAGGACAAACCUCUCUGAAGUAGAUGGGGGACUCUACUUCAUUCUCCAAGCAGCUGCCGCUGGAGUCAGAGGAGAGUUCCAUUGCCCUGACGUUGGCACGGGCCCUGUAACAACAAACUCAUCUACGCUUGGCACAGAUCAGUAAUUUGGGGUUACAGAGAUCUUUGUGUAUUUGCCACCUCCUGUGAGGAUCUUUGUCCCUAUUAAGCUUCUGAAAACUCGGCUGAUUGAUGCUUGUGGAGGAGUAGUCGUGCUCAUGUCCUGUCUUUUAAGCUAAAUAAAGCGAAGAGAAGAUUUCA